UUAUAAACUGUUAACAUUAGAACCCCUUACGUAACAAAGUCGCGUAACGACUCGCUGCGUUAACCGGUUUGAUCAGUUGUGUAGCGAGUGUUAUUAGCGUUAGCCUGCUAGCUUAGCUGAUGCACAACAUUUACAGUUUGCGUAUAUUUUGCAGUUGUUGCUCCUCUGUCGUACAACGUCGGGAUUGAGGCGAUAAUGUAUUAAAAAUUUCAAUACACCAGCCUGUGGCAGAAGAAAACGGCGACGAAAGCGUCGUGGUUCGUUUAUUAGAGACAGUAUUCUGACCCUUAUGCCAACAUGGACCAGGAGCAACGAAACAUCGUUAUUUUCAACGCAUCCAAACGAGAGCUCUUCACCACCAACUCUGGAUACAAGUCCAUGCAGAAGAAAUUAAGAGCACAAUGGAAGAUUCAAAGCAUCAAAGAGGAGCUCACCUCGGAGAAACUCCAAGGAGUCAAGCUAUGGAUCACUGCAGGCCCUCGAGAAAAGUUCACUGCUGCUGAGCUGGAGGUUCUCAAGCAGUAUCUGGACAGCGGUGGAGGUCUUCUUGUGAUGCUCGGAGAAGGAGGAGAAAUGAAAUAUGACACUAAUAUCAACUUCCUCCUGGAAGAGUUUGGCGUUAUGUUUAACAAUGAUGCAGUAAUAAGGAACGUCUACUACAAAUAUUUCCAUCCUAAAGAAGCACUUGUGUCCAAUGGUGUUCUGAACAGAGAGAUCAGUCGUGCCGCUGGUAAAGUGGUGACGGGGGUGAUCGAUGAAGAAAACACAGGGAACAAUUCACAGGCACUUACAUUCAUAUACCCUUACGGGGCCACAUUAAACGUGAUGAAGCCUGCGGUGGCCGUGCUGUCCACCGGCUCUGUGUGCUUUCCGCUCAACAGGCCUGUUCUGGCCUUCCAUCAGUCUAAGAACGCUGGCAAGUUGGCCGUUCUGGGCUCAUGUCACAUGUUCAGUGACCAGUACCUGGACAAGGAGGAGAAUAGUAAAAUAAUGGAUGUUGUUUUCCAGUGGCUUACAACAGACAGCAUUCCUCUCAACCAGAUAGAUGCAGAGGACCCAGAGAUCACAGACUACACCAUGCUGCCGGACACAGGGAGUCUGUCCGACCGUCUGAGAGUGUGUCUGCAGGAGGGAGACGAGAACCCGCGAGAUUUCACAGCUCUGUUUGACAUGUCUUUGCUAAAGCUGCACACAAACACUCUUCCCUCUGUCCUGGAUGCUUACAAGCAGCUGAAUGUCAAACAUGAAGCUCUCCAGCUGAUCACACCACAGUUUGAAACACCUCUGCCUCCGCUGCAGCCUGCCGUCUUUCAGCCGGCCUUUAGGGACCUUCCGCCACCCAUGCUUGACCUUUUUGACCUUGAUGAGACAUUUUCUUCUGAGAAAGUGAGGUUGGCUCAGCUCUCAAAUAAAUGUACCGAUGAUGAUCUGGAGUUUUAUGUACGUAAAUGUGGAGACAUCUUAGGAGUGACAGGAAAGCUAGACAAGGACAAAAGAGAUGCCAAGCACAUACUGGAACACGUCUUCUUCCAGGUGGUGGAGUUUAAGAAAAUCAAUCAAGAGCACGAUAUUGACACCACAGAAGCAAGGUUCAACAUGUAUUGAAGUAGACAGGCUACGGAUCUCUGGAGUUUUGCAGCAAGGACUUGUUUUUGAGACCUGUGUGAAAAUGCACAGUAUAGACACUCAAAACUGCAAACAAACCACACUUGCUUUACUUCCAGUGCAAGAAAAGUCAGGUGUGGUUUAUCAGAACUUUCUUCAUUAUGAACUUUAUCAGGCAUAUGUUUUAAAGAAUCCACUACAUUUCUUGUAACAAUAGUUUUUUUUUUUUUCUUUCAAUAAAUAUAUGAGCUUCGUUUUCUCAUUUGUAUACA